AUGUCCCAGCUCUUCUUUGGAAAGCCAGCCCCUACCUCUCAGUCUACACCAAAACCCGGUCAUCAUCAUCCCUCAUCACCCAUGGUAAAUGAAGGAAAAAAUUUGAAUGUCCAGCUCAAACUUGGGCGGCAGGUAGCUUAGUGGGUAAGAGCGUUGUGCCAGUAACUGAAAGGUCGCUGGUUCUAAUCCCCGAGCCAACUAGGUGAAAAGUCUGUCGAUGUGCCCUUGAGCAAGGCACUUAACCCUAAUUGCUCCUGUAAGUCGCUCUGGAAAAGAGCGUCUGCUAAAUGACAAAAAAAAAAAAAAAAAAAAAACUCUGAAUGACUGAUAUCUUGCACCUGUGAAUCCUUUGCUACUUAUUGUUGACAACUGUAUGCUUUCAGAAAAUGUUAUGGUUUGAUUGACAUUUCUCCCUGUAUCCGUAGGACCCUGAUAAAGGACAUGGGCCAGACCAGGACAUCCCUGAUGAGACAUUUUCGUUUGUGACACUGGACGAUAGCCAUGGACAGCAAAGGUAUGGAGUUACUGGGUUUAAAGUAUUAUUCAUUAUGUGUUCUGUUCAGUAUUUAACGUUGUUUUUUUUCAUGGAAGUGAGGACUCCGGCAUCAACAUUUCAAACAUCUCCGAUAGAGGUGAUGUACACAACAGUACUUCCAGCGAGCUCCCAGGUGAGGAGACAACGAAUGUUGUCAGUUCAACGAUAGAGGAGAUAGGGAAGAAGGCCCAGGAUCUGAUUGAGAGAAUCAACCAGAGCCGAGCCAUGGACCAGGAAAUCAUGACCACCUUCGAGAACAAGUUAAUUAAUAAGGUAUCACUGUUCUACUGUUGAGUAAAAAGCACAUGGUCAUAUUUUUCUGUAGUUAAAAAAGAAUGCAUUGAGAUUGAGUCUUAAUGUUUAUGUGGAGGAGUGUGACUGUGACUAGUGUGUAUCUGCGUGUUUGCCGCCCUCCCCAGGUGAGUGAGGUGUGCCAGCAGGUGAAGGAGCAGAUGUUCAGCAGCUAUGAGGAGCAUGGCUGUGGGAUGGAGGCUAAUCUGCAGGAGCUGUCUGAGGUGCUGGAGAGGAGCAGUCAGCUCAGUAUGGAGCUGCAGGGAGCCAGUCAGACCUUAUCAGCCAUCAACAACAGCCUGCAGCAGACAGCUGAGCACUGA